GGUACGCGCCUCUUUCCGCAAAGUGGCUGCUCCUGUGAUGCCUCGGUCUCUUCGAACACUUCGUAUGAUAUAAAUUGCUUCUAGACCACGUUCUCGGAGUUCUUGGUUAAUAUCUGCUGCAUAGUGCUUACGCUCCGGACAACCCUCCAACCUAUCCUACGUCAUUCAUGGUUCACGCGGUCACACAAACCGACGACUUGACCUGAAACGCGCCAGCCCUGUGUUAGCAGUAUGAUCUGGUGCCUGACUUUGGCUGCUGCUUGCGUCGGCCUGCAACUGGUCGAUCCUGCGACGUUCGGCAUAUUGGACAGUCUCCCUUUUGGUCUGCAUCAAGCGACCAUUUUCCGGCUCAUCAAAUGGGGUCUAGUUGCUUGGACUACCGUCGAAACCAAUUCGGUGCUUAACAGCUGGGCCGAGAACAGGUGGAUACGGAACAGUGCGAAGAACGACUGGGAUUGGCCAAACGAGGUGGCGGUCGUCACUGGUGGUUCUGCCGGCAUUGGUGCAUGUGUGGUAAAGAAGCUCACAUCAUACGGCAUCAAGGUCGCGGUCCUGGACAUUGGACCGUUGUCGAGCCAAUUUACUGAUGUUGAACGGAAACUCAUCCAGCACUACCAAUGCGACGUUACCUCUAGAGAUGAGGUCCGUAGAGCGGGAGAUGCUGUCCGCUCUGACCUCGGUCCACCAUCGAUCUUGAUCAACAAUGCGGGUAUUGGCAACGCUUACACUAUCCUUGAAAUCCCCACCGAAGCUCUGCGGAAGCUCUUCGAUAUCAAUCUGAUCAGCCAAUGGAGCACCAUACAAGAGUUCCUGCCUGACAUGAUUGCCCGAAAGAAAGGGCACAUCAUGAGUGUUGCCAGCCUUGCCUCCUUCGUGGCCCUUGCGGGGGCGGUCGACUACAGCGCUACCAAAGCCGCGCUCCUCGCUCUUCACGAGGGCUUAACUCAAGAGUUGAAGCACCGGUACAAGACUCCUCAGAUCAAAACCACCAUUGUUCACCCAGGCUGGACAAAGUCGGCACUCACGGCACAUGAAGCCAUCAAGGCCGGAUUGAAUCAAGUCGGCGCCCGUCUGCUAGAGCCAGAGAACGUCGCGGAUGCUAUGGUGAAGCAGAUCCUAGCUGCGAAGAGCGGACAAAUCGUUCUGGGUCCCGCCAUCACACCCAAAAUCCGCGCGCUUCCCAUGUGGCUGCAGGAGAUUAUCAGGGACACUCAAGCGAACGUGGUUUCUGGGAGGGGAUCGACUGCAACCACGUAAUAUCGUCUACUCAAUUGCGACAGGUGCUUACAGUUUCGAUCGCGAAAGAAGUCGGACUGCUAUUUGGGGGCGAAAGAAUGACGAUGAGGGUGAGCGGCGGCAUCGAUGUGCGUAAGCAGGUAUCGAGAUGCGAAUACCGUCUGCGCCUUGAUGGCAAGCGAGUUUUGUGACUGUCCGGCGCCCAUCAACAGUGUCAGCAACAAUGUGUAGGUAUUGCGAUGCCUCGGCUAGCGCAUUGCGAGCAGCAACCACUUUCCAUUUCACGUCCGAAUUCACACCUUUGAUUGCCGGCACUGUGCCAAAUCA